UGUCAGUGUGUCUUAGGUUUGCAGGUAGGUUGGGCGAAGGAGCUCAUUUGCACGCUGGCUUCAGAGAGAAUUGCACUCUCACACAGACACACAGAUUCUGAAAGAAGCCACGUCGAUUGAAAGAGGGUAUCCCUGGGGAGCCACUGAAGAUUCCAGUUUCUGAGGGGGGACAGACCACAUACAGCCGCCAAGAUGUGUGACAUGGGGGGACUGGAUAACCUGGUGGCUAACACGGCCUACCUAAAAGCCCAGGGUGGUGAUGACAAGGAGAUGAGAAAGCGGCGCCGCAGCUUAGCUCUCCCCAAGACUGAGCAAUGUGCAACAGUAAGAGCCGCCAUUGAGAAGGACUUUACGUUGCUUUGCGAAAGGCAGCCUAUUGGCAAAAAGUAUUUCCGUGAGUUCCUUUCAAGUAACGCUGAGUUCAAGCUUGCUGCUGAUUUCCUGGAUGAGCUGUAUGACUGGGACCUGGCUGAAGGUGCAGUCAAGGAAAAGGCACGCCAAAACAUCAUCAAGAAGUUUUGCAAGACUGAUUCCAAGACCUACCUCUCAUUUCUUACCGGGGAGAUUGCUGACAAAUGCAAGUCUGUGACAGAUGCCAACUUUGAGGAGGUGAUGAAAGGCAAAGUCCAGGAUGGUGUAAGAGAAUUUCUGAAGGACAAACCCUUCUCAACUUACCAAGCCAGUCCAUUCUUUGAUAAAUUCCUCCAAUGGAAAGAGUAUGAGAAACAGCCCAUCAGUGACAAAUACUUCUAUGAGUUCAGGACUCUGGGAAAAGGAGGCUUUGGAGAGGUAUGCGCUGUACAGGUGAAGAACACAGGCCAGAUGUACGCCUGCAAGAAGCUGUGUAAAAGGCGACUGAAGAAGAAGAAUGGCGAGAAGAUGGCCCUGCUAGAGAAGAAGAUCUUGGAGAAGGUUAACAGUCUGUUUCUGGUCAACUUGGCCUACGCUUACGACAGCAAGACCCACCUGUGCCUUGUCAUGACCCUGAUGAAUGGAGGAGACCUCAAGUACCACAUUUACAACAUAGGCUAUGAUGGCAAGGGUGUAGACAAGGGCAUCGAGAUGAAGCGCAUCAUCCACUACACAGCGCAGAUCACCACCGGCAUUCUGCAUCUGCACGACAUGGAUAUCGUUUAUCGUGAUAUGAAGCCGGAGAACGUGUUGCUGGACAGCCUAGGCCAGUGCCGACUUUCAGAUUUGGGUCUGGCCAUUGAGAUUGUUCCAGGGAAGACAGUCACUCAGAUGGCUGGCACUGGAGCAUACAUGGCCCCUGAGCUCCUGAACAAAACCCCGUACAGGACGUCAGUGGACUGGUGGGCCCUGGGCUGCAGUAUCUAUGAGAUGGUGGCCGGCUACACACCUUUCAAAGGCGCCGAGGCCAAGAAGGAGAAGGUGGAGAAGGAGGAGGUGCAGCGUCGCAUCCUCAAUGAGGAGCCAAAGUGGGAGCACAAGUGCUUUGACGCCACCACCAAGGACAUCAUCCAGCAGUUCCUGAAGAAGAAAAUCGAAGAGCGCCUGGGCGUGAAGAACAACCUGGAGGAUCCCAGGAAGCACAACUGGUUCAAGGCCAUCAACUUCCCCCGCCUGGAGGCCGGGCUGGUGGAUCCUCCUUGGGUACCCAAGCCCAACGUCGUCUACGCCAAGGACACCGGCGACAUUGCAGAGUUCUCGGAGAUCAAGGGCAUUGAGUUUGACACCAAGGACGACAAAUUCUUCAAGGAGUUUAGCACUGGCGCUGUGCCCAUCCCGUGGCAGCAGGAAAUGAUUGACACUGGACUAUUUGAUGAGCUCAGUGAUCCCAACAGGAAAGAGGGUGGAGGAGAUGUAGAUGACGAGAAGAAGUCUGGCACAUGUAUAUUGCUGUGAGCAGCAACAACCACGUGUUUGAUGUAUCACAUGCCAGUCAUAACGCUCUAUAUUUUGUUUGUUCUCUCACUAAUAUUGCAGGAUCCUGUUUCAUGAAACAUGCGAGCGCCAGCGUCGUUUAGAAAAACGUCCCUGACUUGAAUGUAUGCUCAUGGUUUAGAGAUCUACUGCUUUCAGGGUGAGGUCCAGUAAAACAUGGAACAUGUGAUGAUGUAUUUUGAGCAUUUUCUUUCUGGUUCACAGCUUCUCUUGCAGUUCUAAUGAUGUAGACUCCAAAAAACGUAAGUUUGGAACCUGUUGAUAAAGAAUACUAGUGUUAGAGGAGUAAGAUAAAGGCCUUGGUGCCAGAAAUACCAUAGUAAAUACGAUAUAACUUUAUGAAGAAACUCUACAAAUCCAAGCUAAAAGUAUUUGCAAUAGAACGAUAAGCAAUGCUGAUGCAUUCAGCACUAAUCUUUAAACAAAUUGGAACAAGCACAAGUCCUCUAUGAAACUGCUCAGUUUGAGUAUCUUCUAGUGGACUGUGUAAAUUUUAUAGUAUUUUUUAGCACUCUCCCUCCCUCCCCUGCCCUUUAUUGAUACAAUCACAAGGUCUCACUGUUUCUACUACAAAAAGUGCUUUUUAACCUCACAUGGCAGAAAUAGUUCUCACCUUUCAUUUUAUAUGUGGUGAUAUUAAACCUUCUAAUUAAGGCCGAUCACUGCAUUUACAUCCAGGUGAUUUUUUCCCUUGGUUCGACAUUUUAGUUUUAUAAAAAUCUAUGAAAAAAAUGGUUGCAACUGUUUGUAUUGUAUAUAAAGAAAUAUAUUUAUCUAUGCACAGAGAUAAAGAAGAAGAUGUAAGUAUUAAAAGUAGGAUUUGUUUUAAAAGGAAAUGAAAAAUACUGAACCCCCCUUUUCACCGAGUCCCUCUACUGUCGGUGCUAUGAGGCUCAGCUCGGUGAGGAAGUGGAAACUGUGUAGCCCCGGGAUGCUGGGAGAGAAAGGAGAGCAGAAACAGCAGGUCACUGCUGCAUGUGGAAGAUGUGGAAGACUUAGAGGAAUUGGACAGUAAGUUCCUGUACCAGAAAUGUGCAGGAUGCCCCCGUUCACGGCCCUGAAACACUGAUAUUUCAGGGCUUUUUUUCUUAGUUUGAGAUGAGUAUAAAUAACUCAAACUAGCCAGAUUCUGAGAAAAAAUAAAAAAAAAUAAAAGAAUCCACUGCUGUGGUUGUGAAGCUGAAUUUACUUUUUAGAGACUUGGGGUAGUUCAAAAUGAAAAUCAUUUUUAUUCUUGUUUACUUGUCUCAGGGUAAUUAAUUGUUUUUAAAUUUCAAGAGUUGAGUUUUUACAGUUUAUGUUAAUACAAUAUAAACAUAUAUGAUACAUGUACUUGUAAAUAUAACAUCAGAGGAAUUGCUACGAUAGAAAUGUCAGAUUGUAAAGCAGGAAUUUCCUUGAAUCUUCAAUCGUUUGAAUAAAUUAAAAUAUUUCUUUUAAAA